AUGGAUAGAGGUUUCGAUGAUUUCGUUUGUUAUACCGAACGUAUGCGAAAAAAGUACGGCGAUAUGUUUGAAAUUUAUUUCGGACCAAAAAGGUUCAUCAUGUUGAGUAAAUUCGAAUAUAUGCAAAACAUGUUUGACUACUCUUUAAAUUCAAGAUACCUGAGACGUAUUCCAUACAUUGCUGGUUUGGAAGAAUUAGGCAUUGCUGGAAAAGGGAUUGCGUUAAACCAUGAUGUAAAUGUUUGGAAAUAUAAUCGACACUUCAUUUCUAGAGCGUUACUCACUCCUAGUUUCUCGAAAUCAUCUGUCAUUUGGACCCAAAAUCUAGUUGAGGAAAUGAUGGGUUUUUGGGAAGAUGGAUCUGACAAAAAUGGAUGUUUUGAUACCGAACUCGUAGAAUGGUGUCAUAGAUUUACGACAGACUCUAUAACUCAUUUCACAACCGGGAUGAGAAUUCAUGCAACUGAAGCAUAUUUCAAUGAAUUGUUGGCAGGACAAAACAGGAAACCCAAAAAAGCUUCCAAGAAUGAUUUGCAUGAUGCCUCGAAAUUCUUUAAUAGCAUUAAAACUUUAAUCGUUGGAAUCUAUUUCUUCAUAAUCGUUCCACCUUGGAUUCGAAAACAUUUUCCAAUCUUGGGAAAUACAUCAAAAAAUCAUUUAAAGAAUCGUGACUGGUUAUUUAACUUCGUUGAUGAGAUUAUUAAACAGAGAAGGAAAGAAAUUGAAUACACCCCUCGAAGCGAGCCACUCCGAUUUGACAUGUUAACCUCUAUGAUAACCGCUAAUACGGAUCGUGAUAUUUGUGAAAUUAAAAUGGCCGAUGAAGAACAUACUCAACCAAUGAACGACGAAAUAAUCCGUGGAGUUUUAUGGGAAACAUUUGUCGGUGGAAUUGAUACGCGACUUCGAGUCGAGCUUGACGCAUUCUUCAAAAAAAUGGGCGAUCGACGUCUAGAUCUCGAAAGUUUGUCGGAUUUAGUUUACACCGAUGCAAUCAUCAAAGAAUCAUUUAGAAUGUUCACACCUGCACCAUACACCGCACGAAAUAGCACCGCAGAGGAUAUUGUUGCAGACCUUGUGUGGCCCGAGGGAACACAAUACAUCAUAAAUAUUCAUGGUGUAAAUCACAACGAAAAAUAUUGGGAUGAACCUGAAAAAUUUAACCCCGACAGAUUUCUUAACAUGAAAACAUCACCACCACAUAUAAUCUUUGGAGGAGGUCGUAGAGUUUGUCCCGGCAGAAAGUUGUCAUUUAUUGAACUCAGGGUCAUGAUUGCCUUAAUUUACCAUAAAUUGGACAUCGAGUUAUCAAAUAUGAAGAAUCCUUGCAAAGCUAAAUUCAUACUUCUUAGAAGUUUUCACGAUUUAAAUGUUAAAAUUAAACCUAGACAAUUUUAA